AUGCUCCACGUCCGGCAGCGCGUCCUCUCUCGUCUCAUCUCCGCCGCGCCCUCUCCUUCCACCACCCCACUCCUCUCUCUCCACCGCCUCCUCUCCGCCGCCGCUGCCCCCCGCAUUUCGCCAAACCCUAGCUUCGCCGUCGACGACUACCUCGUCGAGACCUGCGGCCUCACCCGUGCCCAGGCACUCAAGGCCUCCACCAAGCUGUCCCACCUCAAGUCCCCCGCCAACCCCGACGCCGUCCUCGCCUUCCUCGCCGGCCUCGGCCUCACCGGCGCCGAUGUGGCGGCCCUCGUCGCCAAGGACCCGCGGUUCCUCUGCGCCGGCGUGGAGACAACCCUGUCCCCCGUCGUCGUCGGUCUCACCGGGUUCGGUCUAUCCCCUUCUGAUAUCGCGCGCCUCGUCUCGCUCGCCCCGGGACAAUUCCGCCAUAGAUCUGUCGUCUCCAAGCUGGAGUACUACCUGCCGCUCUUGGGCUCCAUCGACAACUUGCUCCGGCCGCUCAAACACGGCUCCUGCUUCCUCGGCUCCCACCUCGAGAGGGUGGUCAAGCCCAAUGUAGCCUUCCUGCGGGAGUGCGGGAUAGGUGCUUGUGAUAUUGCCAAGCUGUUCAUCCGAAUGCCGAGGAUCAUCAUAGGCAAGCCAGAGCGCGUCCUGGGGAUGGUCGCAUGCGCCGAACGUAUAGGUGUGCCCUGUGGCUCUGGGAUGUUUAGGCAGGCACUGCAUGCUGUCGCAUUUCUUAGCGAGGAGAAGAUUACUGCCAAAGUGGAACAGUUGAAGAAGACAUUGAGGUGGUCGGAUGCCGAUGUUGGCAUUGCUGUGUCCAAGUUGCCGACUCUGCUGAGACGGUCAAAGGACGUGCUGCAGCUCAAGUCCGAGUUCCUCCGCUCUAAGGUGGGCUUGGAACCGGCGUACAUUGCUCAUCGACCCGCUAUGCUCACUUACAGCCUGGAGGGCCGGCUCAGGCCCCGGUACUAUGUUAUGAGGUUUCUUAAGGAAAAUGGAUUGUUAAGUCACGGCAGAGACUACUAUAAUAUGGUGGUGGCCAGCGAGAAGGUAUUUGUGGAGAAGUUCAUAUGCCCCCACGAGCAAGCUGCACCACACAUUGCUGAAGACUAUGCAGCCACUUGCAUAGGGGAGGUGCCUGCUACAUUCAGAUUUACAUGA